UGGCGGUAAUGCACCAUAACGUUGCUUUUCCACCUGCCAUGAAACAAGAUGAAGAACAUAACUUCAUGUCCCAUAAUCCAUCACGCUGACCUGGACGUAAACGAUCAAGAUGGUGCUUGAAAGUACUAUGGUUUGUGUGGACAACAGCGAGUUUAUGAGGAAUGGAGAUUUCCUACCCACCAGAUUGCAGGCUCAGCAGGAUGCGGUUAAUAUUGUUUGUCACUCCAAGACUCGCAGUAACCCAGAAAACAAUGUGGGCCUCAUCACCAUGGCAAACAACUGUGAGGUGCUGACCACACUGACUCCAGACACGGGGAGGAUACUGUCCAAGCUGCACGCUGUGCAGCCUCGGGGAAACAUCUGUUUCUGCACCGGCAUCAGGGUGGCACAUUUGGCGCUGAAGCACCGGCAGGGCAAAAACCACAAGAUGCGCAUUAUUGCGUUUGUUGGCAGCCCGGUGGAGGACAACGAAAAAGAAUUGGUCAAAAUGGCAAAGCGUCUGAAGAAAGAAAAAGUCAACGUGGAUAUCAUUAACUUUGGCGAGGAGGAGAGGAACACAGAGAAGCUGACCGCCUUCAUCAACACUCUGAAUGGGAAAGAGGGAGCGGGCUCCCACCUGGUCACCGUACCUCCUGGACCCAGCCUGGCUGACGCCCUGCUGUCCUCGCCCAUCCUGGCCGGCGAAGGGGGGGCCGUGUUGGGUCUGGGCGCCAGUGACUUUGAGUUUGGGGUGGAUCCCAGUGCGGAUCCAGAGCUGGCACUGGCUCUUCGUGUGUCCAUGGAGGAGCAGAGGCAACGACAGGAGGACGAAGCCCGCAGAGCUGCUGUUGCGUCAGCUGCUGAGGCCAACAUUUCCUCCCCUGUAGCAGACGAGUCCGACGACGCCCUGCUGAAGGUGUCUGUUCCACACACGGGCUCCACCACACCGGCUCUGCCUGACUUCAGCCGCAUGACGGAGGACGAGCAGAUUGCCUACGCUCUGCAGAUGUCCAUGCAGGGAGCAGGAGCAGACUUCGCUGCAGAGGACAUGGAUACAGGCGGAGAUGUGGACUCCACUGAGGCUAAGGACGAAGAAGACUAUGAUGUAAUGCAGGAUCCAGAGUUCCUUCAGAGUGUUUUAGAAAACCUCCCAGGGGUCGACCCCAACAAUGAGGCGAUCCGUAACGCCAUGGGCUCUUUGGCUUCACAGACUGGCUCUAAGCCUGAAACCAAGAAGGACGAGGAGAAAAAGAAAUGAACACUUGGAUGGAAGAGCUGCGUAAUAAAUGGGAGAUGUGGGAAUAUGAAUGCUUUUCUCUUGAGAAAUGGCUCGUUUUGUUCAUGUCUGUAAACUCUGUUCUGAUCCUAACACAAACACGAGUGCUUAACGUUUUUUUUGUAAUAUACCUUCAGUAACAUGUCUUCAAUAAAUUUACACAACAAUAAA